AUGGUCUCACCAUUAUUUUCAGGAGGAACUACUUAUGAAAAUCGAGCUUGGGGGUGGUGGGUCAGCCGAAAAGGCCAACCGCAGUACUACUGGGGUGGGGGAGUUCCAGGUUUACAAAAAUGUGGUUGCGGUGUCGAGGGCACAUGCACUGGGGACUCGUUGACCUGCAACUGUGACAGUGCCGGUUCGACCACCCUUCCUUUGGUGGACACUGGAUUACUGCAAUUCAAGGAUGAUCUACCAGUCAUGGAUGUUCGUUUUGGCGACACCGGAGGCAUUAAUGACAACAAGUACGCACGUUACCAAGUCGGACCGCUUCGCUGCUUCGGGGACACAUUGUGGGAUAACACAGUCACAUUCCGCAAGCUGGACGCGAACCUAGAACUACCGCCGUUGUAUUCGGAGUUCGCUUUCGAUAUGUCGUUCACAUUUCGCACCACUAUAACUGACGCUGUUAUUAUGCAGAACAACGGUCGGGGAUCACAACAAUUCUUUGAAGUUCGUAUACGAAGUGGGUUUUACUCAGGAUUGGUUAUGCCCUAA